AUGCCCCAUCCCUCACUUGUAAUCGGCGAGCUUUUCUCCUGACAUUGCGCUCUCUUCUCGUCCCGCAGAACAAACUCGACCAGGCCUCCAAGCAAGACAAGCUCGAGAAGCAGCUCGAGAAGCAGCCCAAGGCUCCCCCUACGCAAGCAGCCAUCAACGUGAGUGCCUGCCUCUGCACUCCGCAGUUGCAGCCAUUGUCUCGCGUCUUUGCUCACCUCUGUAACCUCGCUCACGCUAUCGCUACAGCACGGCAACGAGCCAUCCAAGGGAGCAAAGAUUGAUGAGGCUCUUCAGGCAGAGGACGAAGCCAUUCUGCGCAAGAAGGGUAUCAAGUAA